GAUGCCCGUUCAGCGAUCACGUUCAAAAAAUCUAAAGAAUUAUGCGGAUACAAUUAGUUUACCGGGUUUGGCAAGAGCUAUUCGAACUAGAUCAGUUAUCGAAAGAUUAUUUUGGAUAACAGUUUUUCUGUCUGCGUCUGGAAUGUUUUCGUGGCAAAUAAUUGAAUUAUUAAUAAGGUUUUUGUCAUAUCCCAAAAAGGUAACUGUUGAAGUAUUGCCUUUACAAGUCGAAUUUCCAUCUAUAACUGUUUGCAAUAUGCGACAUUUGGAGAUUGAUAUAUUAAACACUUUAAACUCUGUGUUUAAAUCAAAUAAAUCCCUUCAUGAACAAGUGGAAGAUCACGAUAAUCAAUUUAUUAAGGCUUAUCUGAAGAAAACAGCAGUUUAUGCUAAAUUAUUCAAUCCUUAUCAGGAGAAAUACCCAGAUGUUUUCCAAGAAAUAUUCUCUAGAACAACCUAUUCGGCCAAUAUAAAAGAAUCAGUGAUUAAGACUGCAAAUGUGAAAUUUCAUCAAUUUUUCGUUGCAAGUUGGAUGUCUGGUAAGAAAUGCGAAAAAGAUGAAUAUUCAUCAUUUUUCGAUCCCUACUAUUACAGAUGCUUUACUUAUAAUGGACCCCUUUCGUCUACAUCUCAAACUCUAGCGGAAGGUGUUGAGAAUGGCUGGUUAGCUAUUAUUUUAAGCGGAUCUGGUCUAACGGAAAAGAAUAACGAAAUUCGAGUUAUACCGGGUCUUCAGCAAAGCAGAAGUCCUGUUUCAGCCUCUAAUGGUGUACGAGUGGUCAUUCAUCCUAAAAAUACCACUCCGUUCCCAUUUACAGAGGGAUGCGACGUUCCUCCUGGUUAUAGUGCAUCUUUAGCAAUCAGAGCUAGAAGAAAUAUUCGUAUCGGGCGACCGCAUGGCCUAUGCACAGAUGUGAACCCAUUCUAUCCGGAGAGUAAUAAAAAAUAUCGCGUGAUUGAAUGUCAAAAGACUUGCGUGCAAAGUUGGAUUUUACAAGAGUGCAAAUGUCUUGAUUCUGGUUUCCCUGCGUUACCAAAUGUUUCGGCAAAAUUAUGCAGGGAGGAUGAUCCCUUUCCGCCCCAUUGUACAAUUGAAGCAUCUCCAAAUUGCUUAGAUAUUAUGCUGAAAGCCUACAAGAGAAUAAAAUGCGCGCGGAGAGUACAGACAAUGAUUCUGACAAACUCGACAAAAAUUUUCACAGAGUGUGGCUGCCAUCCGGCUUGUGAUGAGACCACUUACGACGUAUCCUAUUCUUUAUCAAGAUGGCCUACUCCUGGAUACGAGAGUGACUCGACCUUUAUUGAAAUAUUUUUAAUGGAAAACUUUACGGUGCCUUCGAAAAAGUUUGUAAACUUUAAAGAUAAAAUUCCUUAUGAAGAACGUCAGAAGAUUAUGAAAGAAUUUUUAAGAUUAAAUGUAUAUGUUGCCGAUAGCAACGUCAUGAAAACAGAGGAAUCACCUGAUUAUUCAAUUAACCAAUUAGUUUCUGAUAUAGGAGGUCAAGCUGGUUUAUGGAUAGGAAUGAGUGUAAUAACUCUAGGCGAGGUUCUAUCUAUGUUAUUUUCCCUAAUAAAAAACGCAGGACGAAUGCAAUAUUCGGCAAAUGUUUAAAAUAUACUGUAUAUAUACAUAUAUACUGUUUAUGAUUAAUUUAUAUGUUGAAUAGUUCAUACGUCUGGGCUUUUACGUUGUGUUUUGCUCUCUUAAAAGCAUCUAUCUAUCUAUCCAUCUAACUCUCUGAAUACAUUCAAUAAUAUACACAAGUGCUGUAUAUUCCAUACAGAGACGAUAUU